UCUGAAACGAGGGAAAUUGGUGAGGCGAAUUUUCUUGGGGUUUGCAGUUUGAAAAAAUUCUUCGUUGAGGAUAGAUCGCUAUUUUUUAGGAGUAAAUUUAAAUUCGAACGAGUUCAACGAUUAUUUCGUGAACAAACCAAAACAAAUCGAUCAACAUGUUCAAGAGCCAUUUGGAAAUGAUUGGGCGCAAUGAGAGCCCCAGCAAGAAGGCGAAAUUCUGGCAGUCCUACAUCAGGUCCCUGAAGGGCUCCGAGGAUAUCCGCGCCCACGAGGCGCCCAGGGCCUCUCGCCCCUACAGCUCCUACCUGGACUCGCCCACCUACAGGAGCAUCUAUGACGAGCCCGCCACCGCCAACGAGCGCGUCCAGUCCUCUGGCUACAGAUAUCUGCCAGUGAGCCGCGACACCUACGGCUACUCGCCCCGUGCCAUCUACGAUCAUCACUACAGCCGAACAAUUCCAGCUAACUAUGACGCAGAGAAGGCCUGGAAUGAUCAUCUGAAGCGCAUGCAGGAGAUCGAGCGCAGGUACCCAUCUCGCUACGGUCUCUACUUGAGGGACAAGCCACUGACCCCCAACUCCCUGGUGCCCCUGGAGUACGAGCCAGAGGACAAGCUGCUGGCUGAGCUCAACAAGGCUCGUCGCUCGGCCUCGCCGUUCCGUCCCGCCCGCAGCACCCGUGCCGGCAGCGAGCCGUACGUGCCCCCACCGGCGUACUGGAACCGCGAGGGCAGCGUGCCCCGUGCUGGACCCUCGGUCUUCGACCGCGCCACCAGCCUGGCCCCGUUCACGCGGCCAAGCUUCCGCGCCAGCUCGCUGGAACCACUGGAUGAGCUCUUUGAAAGUAAGUUGCCCGCGAUCGCCGAGGCCGAUCCGGCAGCAGGCGAUGCGCCCGGUCGGUCACUCGGUAUUUUCGAGCGCGCCGGCUCGCCAAGUCCCACUCCCGUCAAAGCCGGUCGCUGGGGACCCCGUGCCACUGAAGUCGCCUACGAUGCUGAGGGACUCCCGAUCUUCCAUCCCCGCAACCGGUUCAGGGACCUGCUGAGCCCCAGCCCCAACUUGCCGAUCUCCUCGAUCGUGCGCGAUCCCUUCUGGUGGGACGUGGACGACCUUGUGCCCUUCCGCGCCACCUCGGUGCCCCGUGCCUCGAGCCCCGUGGCCCGCGACUCUUACCUGUCGCCGGUGAAGAACCGCUACCUGUGGUCCAAGCACCCAGCCAGGCCCCUGACACCCGAGGCAGAGGAUAUAUUCUAAACAAAAUAUAUAGAUUCAAGAUCAGAAAAAAAUAAAACAAAAAAAUCGUAUAGCUCUAAUAACAAAGCGACGCUAUAUCAAUCAUAUAGCACUUCUGUAAUUUUUUUGUACUUAAUUUUACAUAAAUUACAUGUAACGAACUGUAAAAAGAAACAAAUUGCUCACCGCUCAAUUUUGUAAACGAACGAAAACAACGAAAUACAAAACAACAAGAACAUCCUGAACAACAUCAAGAACGAAUGCAUCACAAGGGGCCCCAAAACAACGACACCAAGCUUUGGAAUACUGGAAAUCAGCUGACAGUAGCAAGAUGAGUUGAUUCUCUUACUCAGUCUCAACAUACGCCAACAACGUUUGAAUUUUUUCAAAACUGCUCGAACCCCCCCCCUCGCCGGGGGGAGUCUGAAAACUUUUUGCCAAGAAGUGCGUACUUCCCGUAGAAAAAAUAACCGAACCGAACUCAAACUCUCUAUUUAUUUUUAUUUUCUCAACUUUUUAAGAUCAUGUCUUAUAUGUUAAGCGCAAGAAUAUGAAAAAAAUCGAUUUACAUUUAUUAUAAUAAAAACAAUAAAAUCAACUUAUGAGUUCCCAUUUGAGCCGCGAACAUCACAAGGUCAAUGGGUGUCAUAAAUUGUUCCUUUUUUGUAUAUUUUA